AUAUGCAUGCUUAACAAGAAAACUUUCCAGACUCAGUAUGCGUUUUAGAGCUUCACCCUUUUCUUACUGCAUACUUCUGCUAACCGCUCUGUCUCCUGAAAUUAUAGAAAUGGUGAACUCAUCCAACACAACAGAUCAAGUUCAGUGGGAAAAUUAUGUGCUCAUUAAGCAAUGGGCUACCUGGAAAAAGGCAAAUGAAUACUGUUAUACAAAUUAUUCUGUCUUAGCCAUGCCACUAUACAAAAGCGCAUUCAUGAACCAUACUCAAAUUGAACCUAAUGUGGAGGCUUGGAUUGGACUGAACAAGGAAGCUGCAUCCUCAAUCUGGCGUUGGGCUACUGGAGAAGCACUCAAUAGCACCAUGAAUGCAACACAGGAUAAUCAAAACAGAUCUUUGUGCAUGAGUGUCAACACAGCAGGCGACUGGAAAAAUAAGCCCUGCAAUACCUCAUUGUUCUUCAUUUGCAGCAUUGAUGGGCAAAGAAAAGAUGAUACCAUGAAAGCAAAACAGGGGUCAGAAUCAGCUAUAUCAAACAUUUCCUGCUAUGGUUCUUCAGGGUACACAACUUCACAAAAGAAGAAAACAUCAAAAUCAAAAGUCACUAGCAGGGCCAGUUAUGCCUCGGCCUGCUGCCAUACAGGAUGGAUACCUGUGACUUUUACUUUACUGAAUUCCAUAAUUAGCUUUGUCAAGUAAGACGGAUGGCAACAAAGAUCAGAUUGGGCUUGGCAGGAAUGUCAUUCUGAAUAGUUCUGGGAUCCUAUCUACCUGAAAAAUUCCUGCUGACAAUUCAACCACACAAGUGAAUCCGUCCAAGGAUGAGACUCAUUAUCAUUAGUAACAUACAUUCUGCAGGAAAUUACUUCUUCCUGUGAUUCAUCCAGCUAUGUCUAACUGAGAUGUCACCUAGCGACCAUGUUUCAACAUUUUGAAGUUUACUGUUAAUUAAGGGUGCUUGUUAGACUACCUUCUUUCUAGAAUUUUGCUUUUGAUGCCAUUGAUUUUCUAACUUUAUAGAAAACAAUAUACUCAGUAACUCCCUGCCUAAGCUAUCGUAUGUUCUAAAUUAAGCCCUGGGUUCCAGUUUGAUUAUUCAGGGGUAUAUUAUUCCUAGAUGUACUAGGCAGUCAUCCAGGUGUGGCCAUUAAAUUGAAACAAAGCUGCAAUCCCAUUUUGACAACAAAAGACAAUAGAGCAGAAAAUGCUUGCAAAAACCACCCUGCCUUUAAAGCAAGAUGGUAUAUUUUCUACUUGUAUAGUAGGAUGUGAUCAAUACAAAAGUCUGUUUUCUGCUCCUGUCAGAGAUCAUUAAGGUUAUCUGAUGCCUUCCAGUGCCAUCUCUUGCAAAUUCAAACUCGCAUUCUAAUUGUUUUGCUUAACCAGUCCUAACUCUAAAAUGUUGACUAUGCUGUUAACUAUUACUGUUCUCGGGAUAUGUUUCUGCCAUCUGUUCUGGGCCACACCUUUAAAGCUCUUAUUUAAUCAACGCAUCAGACCCUGACCUCAGUUUCACCCUGUUUGGCACAUAUCCUUGCCCUGAUGUUAAUUUCACAAUCCACCAUCUGCUUUUGGUUCAAGCCUACAAGCUACUUGUGUCAAAAAAGCGAACACCUGAUGUAAGGGUCUGGUGCAUGUUUUGAGGAUACAUUCAGAUUUAGGCCUGGAUUUCUGCAUUGGGUUUGAAUGCAGCUUCAAAUUCUUCGUUAUGUAGUGACAUUUUUCUUGUUUGUGAAAUUUAGUGUAUUUUGAGCCCAACUUUUAAAGACUUUGUUUCACACUUAGCAUAACAUUUAUUCUUCUGAUUCAGUGAUCUCCCUUAUAAUGUUUCAAGUACAAAAUUUAUCCUACAAUGCCAAGCCAAAACUUGCACCUUAGCAAUUGUUGGUCAAGAGGAACAUCAUUUAGUUUAAAUAGAACUCUACCUUUUUGAUGCAUCAUUUUCAUUCUUUUUCAACCCCAAGAGGUGGUUAGAUUUCCAGACAUUGACACUAUAUAAAUUAAUUUGCUGUUUCACAAGGUUUCCUAGUUAAUCUGGAGUAAACACCUUUCAGAUCAUGAGCUGGAGGUAGAGAUUAACAACAGAGGGGUGCAGGAUUUUAAAAGAGUGAAUCCACUGGCUACAGAAGGCUUAAUUAAAUGUGAUACAACAUGUGCUCUGAGGCUAAGCCUGAGGCAAAAAGCCUGAGUGAGGCUUAUGUCUGAUUAACUUCUGCUGUGGACUUAGAUAUGGACUUAGACAAGUGGCUUGUUUUACACUAUGUUGUGGAAGAAAAUAGGAAAUUGUUAAAUUAUUCCUAGAAGCAUAACAGAACGUAACACAAGCCCACUUACUUCAAUUCAGGUUGCUAGGGGCUGGUGUCUAUUCUACUAGCUUUAGGUGUAAUCAGGAAGUGACAAUGAAGUGGACUCCAAAUGAUAACAUGGAACUGUGGGAGGGAAGAAUAAAUAAUUUAAAGAAAAACCUCUGUGGAGAGUGUUAAGAUGUAGCCAACUGUAUGUAUGGCCUCCUAAAGGCACCAUACACCAGGCCAAGCCUUCUGAGCCUGCCUAGAAUUAACAUCACCCCAAAAAUUCUGACCUCCUGACUCUACAGCAAGGUUUUGUCCUACUCAGUCCCAAAAUAAGGAAUUGUCUUUCAAAGUUCUAAACAAUCUCUUUAUACUCCAAAAUAUAUAAAAUACAUGUAACUGGAAGGACAAGUCCUAUUGCAGAAUCUCUAUAAAUGGGGAUAUUUAUUUUGACUGCGGUGAGCUGACGCCCUGCCUGGGGUUUGUUUCCUGCCUUACACCCUGUGUUGGCUGGAAUUGGCUCCAGCAGACCCUCGUGACCCUGUAGUUAGGAUAUAGCGGGUUGUACAAUGGAUGGAUGGAUAUUUAUUUUUACAAAUGCAAGAGUCACAAAAGGAGGCAAAACAAAGGAAAAGUCCCAAAGCAAUUGGAAGACAGUAUGCACAAAAAAGAAGCAAGAAUUCAUAUAUUAGAAAAAAACAGUAUUUACAGAGGAAUGCACUCAAAGACACAAAAAUGGACCACUGAAGGAUCCACUCUCAGCUUUGAAGUGUAAAGGGUCAAACCACUUGAGCUUCUACCCUCAAAACAUAAGGAACAUAA